AUGCUUCGUUCGUCGCAAGUAGAAUUGAGACGAGCUGUACUGGCUGUGAGCCAUGUGGCUAGAGCCGCUGGUCACGCUGGGGCUGUGCGUGGUUUCCACGUCUCGGCUGCCACUGAAGUGUACAAGAAGAAAGCGACUCACGAUUACAGUGCCAACAAUCUGUUCAAGCGGGGAACUCCUAAGAAGACUGGUGGAUCUAUUCAGAACUUUGUCAAGACUGCUGCGCACUCAAAACUUGCUAAGCUCGCUCCCGAGAUUCCCACAGGUGAACCAGGGUCCAAAAUCAUGACUGCCAACAACAUUGAACCAGCUACUUUAUAUCAGUAUCCCAUGAGGGUCAGACAGCAAUUGUCAACUUUGGGCUCUUUCAAGAGAGACCAGAAAAAUGAACUUUUUAAGGAGAGGACGACUCUUGUCCGUGAGGCAUAUUCUCUGCCUAUUCUAGACCUUAUCAAAAAUGGAACUACUACUGAUUCGUCCCAAAACAGAAUCUGUUUACUAGGCGACAGGGGUGUCGGUAAGUCGUCGUUAAUAGCUCAAGCUCAGGCUUUUGCUCUGUUACGUGACUACGUUGUUAUUUCUGUUCCAAACCCAGAAGUACUUGUGUCAGGUAAGAACGAUGCCCUUUACAAUCCUAGCCAUGGCUUCUUUGCUCAGCCCAUGUAUGUGCGUGAGUGGAUGAAGAAGAUCGCAAAAGCAAACAAGGCUGUUCUUAAAUCAAUUCCUGUUACUCGUGACCUUACCAAGGGAAGCGGUGCUUUCCAAGCUCACACUGCCAAGGCCGCUACUUCUUUAUACAGCUUCUUAUUAGAGGGCCGCCGUAGACGUGAUGCUUUCGUAGUCAUGGACGAGUUCUUUGAAGAACUCUCAUCACAAACCAAGGCCCCUGUUUUAUUCACUUUAGAUGAUGUCAAUGUUUUUACUGACCGGGUGUUCUCUGCCAACCGUGAUACUGACAAUACGCCUAUUUACCAUGGAAAGCUACAGGUCCCUAAGUACUUCCUUGACUUUUUAUCUGGAGCUCGCAAGUUCCAAUCUGGUGUUAUUUUAACAUCUACAUCGGGAAAAUUCCGCUCUAAUGACACUAUUACCUCGGGCUUGGGUCUCCAACAGCCUCUUGCUUAUUCUCACAUUGAACGAUAUGACAACGAGCUAGCUUCCAAAUUCACUGGAGUUAAGCCAUUAGAAGUCCAAAGAUACACUCUCGAAGAGACCAAGGUAGCAUUACAAUUUUUGUCUACCUCGAAGGUCAUUAACAAUGAAGUUACUGACGACUAUGUUAAUGAACAGUACAUUGUGUCGGGCAACGGUAACCCCCGUGACCUGUUACGAAGUGCUGUUGAAGUCAGCUAUUAA